AUGUCACGAAAAGAACCAGUAAAACCAGUGAACGAUCUAAUUCGAUUUUGGAAUCAAGCGGCAAAUGGAUCAAAUGACGAACCAAAGAAUCCAUUGCGACAGCAAACAAUGCCGACUGAGAAUCCGACUGGUGUAAGGCAGGGACCACUGGCAAGACGAUCUACGGCACCAUUACAAGCCGAAACGUCUUCGAAUGCCAAGUCGUCGCAGACGAAAACUGCCGAAAACUCUCGUUUGACCAGUGGCGCCAUAAAGAAAUCCGUGAUUACGAAUCUGAAUGACAGCCAAACAACAGGAAAUGCUAGUUCAAGUAAAAAGACAUCAAUUGGCAUGACGACUAGCGCGGCAUUGACUAAUUCCUCUGAUUCAGAUAACAAACCGGAAAUGGAACCACCUGGGACGAGCUUUUCAAUAAUUAAUAUACAAACACUAUCGACAAAAACUGACAAAGGUCGAAUGAAUUGGAGUUCGCUCCCACAACCGGCUUCAUCAGAUCCACUAUCAUCUUCUUCAACAGGCACUUCGCCAGCAAUAGCAGCCCUCGAGAAGAUACGAAAUUCUACGCAGGAAAAUGUUGAUUUGUUCACGCGAAGACAAUCUGUUCGUGGACCACGACCGCCAACAGAUCGAGUCGGUACGUUGAUUACGAAAUUUAAGAGUGCGACCAACUCGGGUGUUACAUCCCCGAAAUCACCAGAUUCACCGACCGGAGAACAGAGAACGCAUGAGCUCGUAUCGCCAACCAGUCCCAUUUCGAUUGGAUCGUUUGAAGAGACGGUGACUAGGGCGUUUUCUAGUGAUGGUGCCUUUUCUCCUCCGCUCUCUCCUCCUGGUGUUCGGGAUUAUACUGACAAAAGAGGAAAAACAUCGAAAUAUAUUUUCGAUAAAGA